AUGCCGCCACCUAAACUCCCGACAGUCAAGCUCGAUACGACCCUUACCGACCUCUACCGCCGCGCCUCCCCGUCUCUUGCCAACAAACGCGUCGCUCAGGUUCUGUGCGGCACGAACUCGGGCAUCGCCCUGACCUCCAAAUUCCCCCGCAACAGAAAGUAUCUGUACCAGGACAGCCCUUUCAACGCCGCCGACGAUGAGCGCGACACCUCCCCCGCGGCCCGCCGCACCCUGGCCGUCAAGUACCUGUCCUUGAUCCCUCAGCGCGACGCCUUUAUCGCCGGCGGCGGGCCCGUGGUCAUGUUCAACCUCGACGAGACCGACUCCCAGAAGAAGCAGGACAGGACCGAGACGGAGAGGACGGUCGCCGUGCUGGACGAGGCGCAGAGGCCCGAGCUCAUCUUUUGCCCGGGGCCUGCCGAGAUACCUGUCCAAGAGCUCGCCAUUGACCUGUUUGCCUGCAAGCUGAUGCUGGACGGGCUCGAGGGCCUGCCUCUGGUGGUCCCUGCAGAUGUGCACUGGUUCCUCAACUCCAAGGCGGCGCUGGCGCAGUCCGGGUUGCCGACGCCCGUGUGCGAGGCGAUCGAGCUGGAGGGCCACGGCGGCGAGGCGCGCCUGUGCUGCCGAGAAUGCCAACAGGCCACGGCCGGGUUCGAAGUGCCGGCGUUGUGCGAGGGGGAGAGGGCCAAGUGGGUCGAGGAGCAGAGCAGGAGAGUGUACGACGCCGUCCGCGACAGGAAGCUGCCGUUUGUGCUCAAGAACCAGCAGACCUUUGGGGGUGCGGGCACAUGGAUGAUCAACACGGAGGAGGAACGGGAGAAGCUGCUCGGCGAGUUCAAGGGGGGAGUCCUGCGGAGGCUGCUGUCGUCAGUCACGAGUUCCAACCACCACCUCAAGCCCGGGACCAUUCUACUGUCGGACAUGGUGGCCGAGCCUGUGGGCGACUACGGGGUGACGUUUUUCGUGACCGAGGACGAGGAGACGAACCCUAUCUUCCUGGCAACGUCGGAGCAGGUCGUCGACGGCACGGCGUGGAUCGGCAGCACCAUCAGAUACGACCGCCAGGACGAGCUGAAGGCCAAGUUUACACCACUGGUGCGGGUGAUUGCGCGGUGGCUGAGGCAGCACGGAUACGUGGGACCCGCCGGCGCAGACGUGCUGGAGACUGCACCGCACUCGCACAAGUGCCACGCUUCUGGGAACGAUGAGACCGACUUUUCCCACUUUCACAUUGUGGACCUCAACGUCCGAACGUCGGGAUCGCUAUGCCUGCCGCUGCUGCGAAGUCAUUUCGAGCAGAGGGGAAUGCAGAGCGCGUCUUCGUUCUCGAUCAGCACCAAGAAGACGAGAGAUGAGUUUAUGGAUCUGUUCAGGGACGAAUUUGAGGCUGGCAACAUGUUGAUAGUUAGUUGGUAUGAGGAUAGGGACGCCGAGGGCAAGGUUUCCAGCCUUGCUGAUGUUGCAGUUGGGGCUAAGGACGGACAAGAAUUGAACAAGGCCAUUCAAAAGGUUAGAGAUGCGACGGAUGAGGUAACGUUUUGA